UCCAACUCUGACAAGGCCGAUGGUUCCGUGAGGUACAUCCUGUCCGGUGAGGGGGCCGGGUCCAUCUUCAUCAUUGACGAGACAUCAGGUAACAUUCACACCGCCCAGAGCCUAGACCGAGAGAGGAAGUCCCAGUACGUGUUACACGCGAGGGCCAUCGACAGGCGGACGAACCGCUCGCUGGAGGCGGAGUCAGAGUUCAUCAUCAAGGUUCAGGAUGUCAACGACAACGCUCCAACGUUUCCUGAUGGACCGUUCUCAGCGUCCGUGCCUGAGAUGUCUGAUGUUGGAAAAUCCAUUUUCCAGGUGACGGCCUCAGACGCAGAUGACCCGACCUACGGGAACAGUGCGAAGGUGGUUUACAGCAUGGUGGAGGGACACCCGUACUUCUCUGUGGACCCAAAGACAGGUAUCAUCCGCACUGCGGUGUCUAACAUGGACCGAGAGACCAGAGACCUGUACCCCGUGGUGAUCCAGGCCAAAGACAUGGCGGGCUCAGUGGGGGGACUGUCUGGAUCGACUACUGUCAACAUCACCCUCACCGACGUCAACGACAACCCUCCCAAGUUUGUCCAGAAGAGCUACCAACUGUACGUACCUGAGCUGGCUGAGGUGGGGAAGGCCGUGGGUCGGAUCAGAGCCAACGACGAGGAUGAAGGUCAGAACGCUGAGAUGACCUACAGGAUCACCAACACAGAGGCAGCGGCCAUCUUCUCCAUAGCCACUGACGCUGAGCGCGGGGAGGGGGUCAUCUCCCUCAAACAGCCUCUCAACUAUGAAAAGAGAAAAGUUCACACACUCAACAUCGAAGCGUCCAACACGUUCCUGGACCCCCACUUCUCCCACCUGGGGCCGUUUAAGGACUCCACGUCGCUGCGGGUCAUUGUGGGCGACGUGGAUGAGCCUCCUGUCUUCUCCAUGGAUUACUACAUCAUGGACGUGUACGAGAACUCACCUGCUGGGACGCAGGUCGGCACUGUGACCGCCAUGGACCCUGACAGCACCAACAGUAGAGUCAGGUUCUUCAUAGAGAACGAGGAGGAGACACUUUUUUAUUUCACCAUCGGAGUGAACAGCGGCGUCAUCAGGACCACGCAGGUUCUGGACCGGGAGGUGGCCGCGUGGCACAACAUCACCGUGGUGGCUGCAGAGGUUGAUAACCCUCGCAUGGUGAGUCAUGUCACGGUCACCAUCCAGGUCCUGGAUGUCAACGACAAUGUUCCAGCCAUCUCCGGGGGCAAUGAUGUCAUCAUAGUGUGUGAGAGCACCAAAAGUGGACAGGUUAUUCAGACCCUCCGGGCAGCAGAUCUCGACAACUUUGCUAAUGGGAAGUUUUCCUUCUAUGUGCCUGCUGAAUAUCCAGCCAAUCCAAACUUCACACUGAAGGACAACGGAGACAACACUGCCAGUAUAGUAUCUCGUCGGCGUGACGGCUUCAGCCAGGACAGGGACCAGGAGUUGUUCAGCCUGGUGCUGGUGGUGUCUGAUGGUGGGGAGCCUCCGCUCAGCAGCACUGCUACCAUCUCCCUCAGGGUGUGUGAGUGUCAGAGGAACACCAGGGGGCGUAACAACAACGUCUGCCAGGCCCAGGCCUUCCUGUCCUCGGCUGGCCUCAGCAUGGGUGCUUUUGUGGCUAUCCUGCUGUGUAUUGUCAUAUUAUUAGCCAUAGUGAUGCUGUUCACCCAGCUACGGAACAAGAAAGCCAGCAAAGAGCCUUUGAUUCUGUCUGAGGAGGACAUCAGAGAGAACGUGGUGACCUAUGAUGAUGAGGGAGGCGGGGAGGAGGACACAGAGGCCUUUGACAUCGCUGCACUUAGAAAUCCCAAAGCCUCGGAGCCUCGCCUGAAGCUCCACGCCUACCUCAGCUGUGGACCGAGCCCCUACGAGGAGGAGGAGGAGGAUGACGAGGAGAGGUUUGUGGUGUGGAGGAGGAGGAGGAAGUCACAGGAGAUGGACUAUAGAAACUACAGCCCAGAGUCGGAUCCGGGCUGGUUUGUCAUUGACAGCAUUCCUCGUGAGCUCAGCCAGUCAGCGCCCUCGGUUCUGCUAGAGGGUCAUGACAUCAUCCAGCAGAUCCUGCAGCAGAAAGUGGCCAAAGCAAACUUAGACACUCGGGGCCCACCAUAUGACUCACUCCAAACGUAUGCUUAUGAAGGCUGUGGGUCCUUGGCCGGGUCAGUCAGCUCUUUGGGCUUAACUGGGGAAGUGCCCGAACUGAACUAUGUGGACUUGGAGGACUGGGAGCCAGAUGAACAAACACUGGAACGAAUUGUUGGAGAGCAGUUGGCCACAAGCCCAGCUAACUCUGACUCAUAAAGGAUUACCAUCCCAAGGUUUUGUUUUGAACUUUUUUUUGUAACAUUGUCCAGAUCUGUCCAGAGACGGAUCACUUUUUACUGUUGCCAUGGGAGCAAUGAUGCAGAAUUACUAUCCCUGAAAUGCUGGCAAUUUGAAAGUGUGACAUUAUAUAAAAUCAGAGGAUUAGAAAAGCCAUGUGGAUAAUAGAAAACAGAAGCCUGGGAGAUUUGGAUGUGAGCUUUUUCUGAAAUGAGUCAAAAGCAAAAAAAAGCAGGAUGUAGGCUAUGAAGAGCAGGGUUUAAAAUUGACAGGUCAAUUUGCAUAAGGCGUCGUCUCUGCUUGUUACGUGUGUCAGCGGAAAACGUUCACCCCUUACUGCUGCUUAUGACUCCAAACCCCCUGGGUCAGAGUCUAGGUUUGACGUUCAGGUCCCCAUUCAUCCAUUCUUUGCAGGAACGUUGAGUUUUUUGUUGAUCAGAAAGUUAAAAAGAUGCCGGAUACUGAGAGGAAUCUUAGAUGUUCUACAGGUUAUACGCCCCUCCAUGGAAAAUGGAUAAAUGAUUUUGAUUAUGGACCACAUUCUGUAGGGCAUGGCAUUCUAAAUCUCUUUGCAUGCAAACCAUGCAAACAGGUACGCUCCAUCUUCCCGGGUCUUAGUAGGUCAAGACCGUUGGAUCCACAUUCCUACUCCACCUCCAUGCUCGCUUCACCUCUGACCUCUAUCUCUAUCAUCAGCUGUACAUGUUCUCUUCCAUUGAAUCCAAAACAGUUUGGAAAGUGAAGGUAAUCCUGUUGUUUUUUUAAAUAUGAUGUCUCAUUGUCACAUAGCAUCACAUGAACCAUCACUGCUAUGCAGAUGAUAUUGUGUUUUACAUUUGGGUUCAACAAGAUUACCUUAAAAGUGUUCAGACUAUUGUUGUCAUGAGAGAGAGCGGGGAAUGGCAUGAGAAAGGAGCCACAGGCCAGAUUUGCACAGGCUGCAGGACAACAGCCCAUGUAACACAUUUUUUAAACGUAGAUAUGAUUCAGUAGAAAUCAAACAAUAUUGGGUCAUUUCUUGUUUUGACAAAAGAAGUCCUGCACAAUUCCUAAAUUAGCAAAGUUUCAGAAAAGUUGCCGGUGUGUAUACAGUAUGUGCAAUUUACACAAGAAUAAGUCGAAGGACUCUUCAAUUUUGAGAGCACGACACAAAUAUAAGCCAAGACGGAGACAAACAUGUUGCCAUGGAUACAGCCCUCGCAGCACCUUUUGGUUCUGAUGUUUUUUUAAAGCGUCUGCACUCUUUGAUACGAUCAUUAAAACAAAAGGUGUCGUAACGUUUGAAACACACGGCAUCUAAAAGUUUUUAAUAUUCUGACCUAGUUCAGACUAAAUCAAUCACUUCUCCCCACUCUGCCACAGGAGCGUCUGUCUGGUUUAUUAACAUCACACAUUUCAGAAACAAGGCGAUUCAAAGUGCUAAAGAAUGACCUCUGACUUUAUGUCCUUCCAUUUGAUAAGACCAAAUGUCCUCACACUGUAGCUCUAUUCAUCACUUCAUUUCAAGCAGCUCAGACUUCAGUACGACGUUGGAGCACAUUGGUAAAGUUAACGGUCAGGCUUUGGUACGAGCUCCCUCUACUAUUAACCCUCGGUACAUCAGAUACAUCCUGAAACAGAACAAUGACACAUGCUGGUCAGAGUGAGAUCUUGCUGUGUGGUCGACCUAACAAGCUUUCACUCCCAGUAAGUGUGAGAGUGAUGAAUCACUGACUCUAGGUGUUUCCUGUCCCUCUGAUGUGAACAUGAGAGAAAGGUCUUCAUGCUUAUGGGAGAUCAAAGUCCCUGCAAUGACUGGAACAAUAUUUCUGGAGUGUGUUGCAGAUUUGUUUUUUAUGUGUGCAUUGUUUUCCAUAUAAGACUGGAGUGUUUAUUUCAGACAGUUAGAAACACUUCACUUUAAGUAAAGUUACAACAACCAGGGCUUGACGUCUACUUUUUACUCACCAGCUACUGAGGCUACUGGAUUUACAAAGUUACCCAUUUAGUAAAUUACGUUUUGUAAUGUAAGUCCUUGUGCCAAAAGACACCCACACUUUUCUUUCUUAUUUAUCCAUUUAGCAUUCUGUAAUCCAGCACAGACCAAAUUGAUCUAAUAUUUCAAUAUAAGUCAUUUUACAAUGUUCAGGAACGAGGAGACAUGGAAGGGCAACAUUUAUGGAUGAUCAAAAUCUAUUUGAUGAUAUUUCAUUGACUUUGUCGGCCACUUGUUAACAUUCAGAUACUAGUUUUUGAAUAUGAUGCACAGAUGCCAUCAUUCAACAUUUAAUGAGUAGAGUUGGAGGAAAGUUACCUGCAGUUCUGUAACUAUUGCUUUAAUACCUGUUACACAAUCUCACCAUGUGUCAGACAGAUUUGAAUCAGUAGUGUCUGCUCACAUCUCUCUUCUCUCUUCAUCAUCUGCAGCCGUCAGUCUGAACAGAUCACAGACAAGUAUUCUGUGUGAUCACCUCAUGGUGCACUUAUUGAUAUAAAGCACGGAUGAUCAUAUGAAGAAACGUGCCAUGUCUUAAAUAUUCUCAUGGUACUUCAGGCUCUAACUUCUUACCCUUAUUUAUCUCAUUUCUAUUUCCCCCCGCCCCCGCUGUCAUGAAACUCGAAGUGAGUGCAACCGAGCCAGAUAGAUCUAGAGACUGAAUGGAGCGAUGCUGAGGGAGAGGAAACGUUAGCUCUCAGGAGUAAAGUGAGAAAAAAAGGUGAAAUCAGGGAGACUCCCGCUCAAAUCGGGAGUGUCGGCAGGUCUGCAGAUGCUUUUUGAGACCACUAAGAUAUAAAAUCAAAACCUCCAGAGUGGCUUAAAUCCACCCGCAAGGUUGGCCAGGUGUUAAUGUCAAGCCCUGGUGACAAACUAUUUCUAACAUCUCAGAACAUUGCUGGUUUGAAGGAUUAGUGUUUUCUAUAAAAGUUUCCUACAGUCAUGGAAAGAAUACAAAUAUGUUAUAUGAAAUAUACUCUGUCAUGGUUUGAUUUGAAAGGUCAACAUUUUCCUGCAGUAAACUCAAACACUCUUGAUGAGAGUUUGGACCGAGGUGAUCUGAAGUGUUUCAUCAUCGUCAUGCACAUUGUGAUUCUCUUUUCUAUUGUUUUGUAAUAUUUUAUCUGUUUUUUUCUACUAUGUUCGGCCGUGUUUAGUAUCCCACAUCCUGCGUCCUGAUUGACCUUCUCUCCCUCUACACUAACGACGUCUUGGUUGGUUCAGCAGCAGGAUUCAUGUUUUUACUGGUUUGUGUCA